GCGGGUUUCCUCCGAACCCGCGUCUAGCCCUGUCUGAGGACAGAAAACGGGAAUCGAAUUAAUUCUGUCUCACCGCUAAUGAGGAGUAGGCAAUGGUUCGCUCCAGCUCCGCCCAGUAGAAAUCUGAUUCCAACAAUCAGGAAAAAUUCUCCGUUUUCCGCGCUCCGGAGACACUCAGGACUACAAUCCCCAGAAGGCAUUGGGACUCGGCUAUCUGACUUGCGCAGUAGCGUUCGUUGUAAAGUGCUAUGACAACAGGGCGAAGAUGGCUUGGAGUUAGGCUUGAAUCGGGAGGUGUCCCUUCCGCCGCUGCUGUCCUUUUUCUGCUGCAUCCCACUCACUGCCUCCUUCAUCAUUUCCUCCUCUUUGUGAGCAGCAUUACUUUCCUCUGUUCUCUCCUGCCUGAUCUCUGCCACGGGACUGAUACCGUUUUUUCUGCUCGUCUCUGAGGGUGACAGAGAGAGGAUGCGGGAGAGCUACUUGAUGGGAUCACUCCAACUCCGUGGAGCUGGUGGUGCUACCUGGUGAGACGCUCUCUUUGCCUGGGUCGUGGAACAAGUUGGAUCAGGAGAGCGAGAAGGAGUAUUAGGAUUGCUUUUCUCUGCGACGUCCGAUCUUGCUCGUCGUUCCAGCCCUGGGACCCUGGCAGACAUUCUUAAAGGGAAGUCUAUAGAGACCGCGAAGGACGGUGGGGCAGGACCCACCUGAUUCAGCAUCAGAGUGAACGAAAAUGUCUUUAUUUAAAGCCCGUGAUUGGUGGUCUACUGUUCUGGGAGAUAAAGAAGAAUUUGAUCAAGGCUGUUUGUGUUUGGCUGAUGUUGACAAUACUGGAAAUGGACAAGAUAAAAUAAUUGUGGGCAGCUUUAUGGGAUACCUAAGAAUCUUUAAUCCACAUCCUGUAAAAACAGGAGAUGGAGCUCAAGCUGAGGAUUUGCUUCUGGAAGUGCAUCUACGAGAUCCAAUAUUGCAAGUGGAAGUAGGAAAGUUUGUUUCAGGUACUGAGAUGCUUCAUUUGGCGGUGUUGCAUUCAAGAAGACUGUGUGUCUACUCUGUCUCAGGAACCUUGGGUAAUGUGGAACAUGGGAACCAGUAUCAGAUCAAAUUGAUGUAUGAACAUAAUCUUCAGAGAACAGCCUGCAAUAUGACUUAUGGAUCAUUUGGUGGUGUGAAAGGUCGUGAUUUAAUUUGUAUCCAGUCUGUGGAUGGGAUGCUGAUGGUGUUUGAGCAGGAAAGCUAUGCUUUUGGGAGGUUUCUCCCUGGCUCUCUUUUACCCGGCCCUCUUGCUUACAGUUCCCGAACAGAUUCCUUCAUUACUGCUUCUUCCUGCCAUCAAGUGGAAAGUUACAAAUACCAAGUACUUGCUUUUGCAACGGAUGCAGAUAAAAGACAAGAGACUGAACAACAAAAACAUGGGUCUGGAAAAAGACUAGUUGUAGAUUGGACUCUAAAUAUUGGAGAGCAAGCCCUUGAUAUAUGUAUUGUGUCUUUCAUUCAGUCAGCAUCUUCUGUUUUUGUUCUUGGUGAGAGAAACUUUUUUUGCCUUAAGGAUAAUGGACAAAUCCGAUUUAUGAAGAAACUUGAUUAUAGCCCAAGUUGUUUUCUCCCAUAUUGCUCAGUUUCUGAAGGAACAAUAAAUACUUUGAUUGGAAACCAUAAUAAUAUGUUGCAUAUUUAUCAAGAUGUGACACUGAAAUGGGCCACUCAACUUCCCCAUGUUCCUGUAGCAGUAAGAGUGGGCUGUUUACAUGAUUUAAAGGGAGUGAUAGUCACUCUGAGUGAUGAUGGUCAUUUGCAGUGUUCAUACCUGGGGACAGAUCCUUCUUUGUUCCAAGCUCCAAAAGUUGAAUCUAGAGAACUAAACUAUGAUGAACUUGAUAUGGAGUUGAAAGAACUUCAGAAAGUCAUCAAAAAUGUUAACAAAUCACAAGAUGUUUGGCCCCUGACUGAGAGAGAAGAUGACCUGAAAGUCUCUGCCAUGGUUUCUCCUAACUUUGAUUCAGUAUCUCAAGCUACUGAUGUUGAUGUGGGAGCUGACCUUGUCCCUUCAGUCACAGUGAAGGUCACACUGAAGAAUCGAGUAGCAUUGCAGAAGAUCAAAUUAUCAAUCUAUGUGCAACCACCUUUAGUACUAACUGAUGAUCAGUUCACCUUUGAAUUUAUGGCACCAGAGAUGACUAGAACUGUAGGCUUUUCCGUUUAUCUGAAAGGAAGUUAUUUACCACCUGAAUUGGAAGGAAAUGCUGUUGUUUCUUAUUCCAGACCAACAGAGCGAAAUCCUGAUGGCAUUCCUCGAGUUAGCCAGUGUAAGUUUAGACUUCCCCUGAAAUUAGUCUGCUUACCAGGCCAGCCUUCAAAAACUGCAAGCCACAAACUAACUAUUGAUACCAACAAAUCUCCAGUCAGUCUUCUCAGUCUCUUUCCAGGCUUUGCCAAGCAGUCAGAAGAUGAUCAGGUGAAUGUAAUGGGUUUUCGCUUCUUAGGAGGGUCCCAAGUUACACUUCUUGCUUCUAAAACCUCUCAACGAUACCGCAUUCAGAGUGAACAAUUUGAGGAUCUUUGGCUUAUAACAAAUGAGCUUAUCAUCCGCCUUCAAGAAUAUUUUGAAAAACAGGGAAUCAAAGAUUUCACAUGUUCUUUUUCUGGAUCUGUGCCCCUUGAAGAAUAUUUUGAGUUGAUUGAUCAUCAUUUUGAGUUGCGGAUAAAUGGUGAAAAAUUAGAAGAACUGUUGUCUGAAAGAGCUGUACAAUUUCGGGCCAUUCAACGUCGGCUGUUAACAAGGUUCAAAGAUAAAACACCUGCACCCCUCCAACACCUGGACACCUUGCUAGAUGGAACUUACAAGCAGGUAAUCGCUCUAGCAGAUGCAGUAGAGGAAAACCAAGACAAUCUGUUCCAGUCAUUCACCAGGCUGAAAAGUGCCACCCAUUUGGUGGUUCUGCUGAUCGGGCUGUGGCAGAAGCUCAGCGCAGACCAGAUUGCUAUUCUGGAAGCGGCAUUUCUGCCACUGCAGCAGGACACUCAGGAAUUGGGCUGGGAAGAAACAGUGGAUGCUGCUCUUUCUCACCUCUUGAAGACCUGCCUAUCAAAGAGUUCCAAGGAACAGGCUUUGAACCUCAGCAGCCAGCUGGGCAUACCCAAAGACACAGGCCAAUUGAAGAAGCACAUCACCUUGCUGUGUGAUCGAUUAGCCAAAGGUGGACGUCUUUGCCUAAGUACUGACGCAGCAGCUCCGCAGACCAUGGUCAUGCCAGAAGAGACUGUUAACAAGGAAAGCAGUGGUGGUGGACCAUGACAGCUGAUGAGGGGUGAUCCUGGGCAAAGAGUGUCUAUCCUCUUUCUGUAUCCACGAGAAGGUUUCAGUCUGAAACUAAGCUACACAUGGUUUUGUAGCAUUUCUAAGGAGUUGAUCCAAGUUGAUAGUGCUCCAAGUUGCUUCCAGGCUUUUUUCUUGUUGAAGAUCUUCCUGUUGACUUGGAUGCUUGGAAUUCUCCAUGGAAUGCAGGAUGCUGAAAUACAGACAGAUGGUUUUUCUCUCAACCUCUCUGAACCUCAGUUUCUUUUUCUUUACCUCUAACUGUUAGGAUCUCAGUAUCCUUCUCUGUGUGUCUGUGAUACGACCCUUUACCAGAAACUGUCCCAAGUUCUACUUCCUGUGACUCUGCUCAUUGCUUGGGCAGAGCCUUUGAUGCUUCAUAGUCAGCUCAUAGAAGGAUGUGAAGAGAAUUGGGGGUAAAUUGUACCUCUUUAACUGAAGAGGUGGUUUCAGGUUAAAAUAUACUUUAAUCAUUAUCUAUUGGAAUUAAAAUUGUGUUUAUUAUAUAAACCAUAAUUGAGUACUUAUUAUGUGCUUAUUAUCAUGCAGAAGUCUAGGUGUACAGAGGUGAACAAAGUAGAUGAAGGCUCUGCCCUAAUAAACCAUCCAUCCCAGUGGGGAAGGAAGGCAAUACACAAACGCAUAAAAA